AGUCUGUUAUGUAUAGCAGUAUUGACGGCACCGACGGCUGAUAUAAUAGCUGUUGACCUGAAGGUUGAAUACCUUCGCAAUCCAUUAGCCGUAGACAUACCUCAGCCGCGACUGCAAUGGACUCUUCAGGCGACUGAUCCUACAAAACAUGAUUUGUCUCAAAAGGCGUAUCAAAUACUUGUGGCAACAGAUCGGCAAAGUCUGGACACAAAUAUCGGUAAUCUAUGGGACAGUAAGAAAGUGGUGAGCGAUAGGACCACUCAUAUUAAAUACGGCGGAACUCCGUUAAAGUCUGGACAGAGAGCCUAUUGGAAAGUAAAUGUGUGGGACCAGAAUGACCAGGUACAAAAUAACAGUUGUGAAUCAAUCAACUAUUGGGAUAAAGGACUGGAUAUUAAUGACUGGACCGGUCAAUGGAUUGGAGCCCCAGUAGGCACUCAACAAAAAGCGUUACAAAACUUAUCUGAAAUUGACUCAAAAGUUAUCCAAUCUAAUCCGGGUCUAAUUCCAGUCUUAUAUUUGAGGAACAAUUUCACCACUGAUUCAAAGAUAAAAUCCGCAAAAAUCUAUGCCACGGCUCAGGGAGUCUAUAAAAUGUUCAUUAAUAACAAGACUGUCGGUGACUCUCAACUGAGUCCCGGUUGGAGUGACUAUAAUAAAACUUUUCAAUACCAGGCUUACGAUGUGACUGAGUUAUUGUUGACUAACAAUGCCAUCGGUGUAUUACUAGGAACAGGGUGGUUUAGCAGUUAUGUUGGGUUUUUCCGCCGAUAUAAACAGUAUGGCCCUGAUCAGAGCUUAUUGUUUGAAUUACAUAUUGAAUACGAGAACAAUAAGACAGCAAUUGUUAAGUCAGACAACACGUGGAAAGUGAGCACCGGUUCACUCAUGUACUCCGACCUAUUGAUGGGAGAGUUGUAUUAUGAGGACCGAGAGGUAAUAGGCUGGACAUCACCAGAGUUUGAUGACAGCCACUGGUCAUCAGUGGUUACAAAAGAGAUUGACAAAAAUGUGGCCCUAAUUGCUGAUCGAUCCCAACCUAUUCGUGUAACUCGGGAUUUGACCCCAAAAACUAAAUACGAGAGCAAACCCGGGGUUUGGGUGUUUGACUUCAACCAGAAUAUGGUCGGUUGGGUUAGGAUCUCUCUGCCCAAGACAUACGAUGCGACUCGAGUGCAGUUAAGACACGCGGAGGCACUCAAUCCCGACGGAUCCAUAUAUACACUGAACUUGAGGACGGCUUUAGCCACCGAUACAUAUGUGUUGAAGAAGGCGAACAAUUCCUAUGAGCUCUCACUGGAGCCACACUUCACAUACCAUGGCUUCAGGUAUGUGGAGCUCACGGGAUACCCGGGUGAACCACAACUCACUAACAUAAAGGGAAUGGUAGUGAAUUCGGACACACCUUUCGAGUCGUUUUUCGAGACGUCCAACGAAAUG